AUCACCCGUUUAGUAACGAUCGUGCUCUCUUCUAGUUCGUACGUUUCCAGUUUCCGUUCCAGUGCCGUUUGUCUAUACGCGAUACCGUGUCGAUCGUGUACCUACUACCGCUGACUCGCGUUGAUAACCGGUAUAAGUACAAACAAACGAUCAUCUCUCAUUGCGACGCGCUCACACAGGAUAACAGCGAUCCAGACGUAAAUCCCCGUUUGAGUCAUUGAUUGGUAAUACUGCUUGUCUACCCAGUGGUUUAGCCGUAUAGUAUUGGUGCCAUCAAAUUAAUUGUAACGGCUGUGCGGGUAGGGUGUAGAAGAUCGUCGUCGCCGUCAUUUCGCGUACGAUUCCGGAAGAUCAUAGUUUACAACCGAAAUCAGCGAUCAUCGUUCUCUUCAUGCGCAUCUUCGCGUUCCUGCAACGUAUGAUCAAGAAGACGGCGAUGGCGGCGUCUACUAGCGGUAAGGGCAAUGGAAUGUUUGUUUGGAGCGCGGUGAUUUUUGCAUUGAAUGCUAUUGUUGCGGGUCAAGGUCCAAGCAUAGAUCAGUCAACGGUGAACAACCCAGUGCAGCAGCAAAUGCCUAAUGCCAUAAAUGAAAACUUCUACAAAGGCUCGCAAAAUUUCUCUCUGAACUUUUUCAAGCAAGUGAGUCUAACCGUGGACAAUGAUCGCAAUGUGACGACAACCAACAUCUUCGUUUCGCCGCUGUCCGUGUGGACUCUUCUGGCUUUGCUGAGCGAAGGCGCCGAAGGAGAAACGCUCAGAGAGAUUCUCGAAGUGAUGAGUGUGCAGGAUCAGAAUCUGAUCAAACAUCACUUCAAAAGUUUCCAGGAAACUAUCAAUGUCAAGGCCAACGGAGUGGAGAUAUCUUCCGCACAGUUCAUGUUCACGGACAAGAACCAUCCAGUGAGGCACGACUUCGAGCACAUCGUUGAUACCUACUAUGGGGAGAAUCUGUUCGAAGCUUUGGAUUUCAGUUCCUCGAACGAAUCGCUACGCGAUAGCUACAACUACAUCAACAAAGUCGUUUCCGAUGCAACCAAAGGACAGAUCAAGCGGGCAAUCCAUCCAACAAAUCUUGACCAGGCUCGACUGCUGUUGCUUUCGGUAUUGUUCUUCCAGGGAGAAUGGACGUUCCCGUUCAAUCGAUCGCACACCAACGAAAGCACUCCUUUCUACGACGAAAACGAACGAAUCGUGGCUUCCGUCCCGAUGAUGUUCCAGAAGGCCAUUUUGCCGUUUGCUGCCUUCCGUGAGUUGGAAGCCCAAAUCGUAGAACUUCCCUAUGGAAGCGAUCGUUUUAUGAGUAUGUUGGUGAUUCUUCCGCGGAAAGGUGUGCCCCUUCAUGAGGUUGUCCAGAGAUUGGCCAACUUUAACAUGGAAAUGAUCUACAAAGAACUCAGACAGGUGGCAGAGGAGUACGAGGACGACGAGGUGGAAGUGUUUCUACCUCGGUUCCAAAUUUCCUCUGAUUACGUCCUGAAGUCGGUGCUGUUCAAUAUGGGAAUGCGGGAAGCAUUCCACACUGGCCUUGCGCAGUUCAACAAGAUCGCCAGCGAUAUCGUCGUGAAUGAUAUUUUCCAGAAGAACAAGAUCGUCGUCAACGAGGAGGGAACGACCGCGUCUUCGGUGUCCGGUGCCGUUUUCGUGAACAAAGCCACCCCGCCGAGGUUCAUCGCGAAUCGGCCGUUUGCGUUCCUGAUCGUCGACAAGCGCAACGAUCUGAUCCUUUUCAUGGGUCAGGUGAAGGAUCCGAGGACGCUUUGAGGGAGUUGAUAUUGAUUGUAUAAUAAAGUUGCCACGAUCUUAGCAUUUUUCAUCAAAUGACAAAUUAAA